CACAAAACAUGCACCUCUUAUCCCACAAAACCCAAAUCUGACCAGUGGCAGUUCCGUACUUUCAACAAAAGUCCACGUCACUCUGCCCGCCUUAUAAAUACCGUCACUAAAUUUCACAAUCUUCUUCGCUGCUCUUUAUGUUGUUUCAGUCUGAGCUCGCAAGCCAUUUCCGAUUGACAAUUUCCCGAGAAAAUCACAUUUUCCGGAAGAAGGUCGGGAAGCUCGCGAAGCUUGAGAAAUUCGAAAAUGGCUCCUCCAAUCCUUUCCUUGGUUCUGCCCUCCGAGACUGGUCGAGUUCUGAGUAUUCAAUCUCAUACAGUCCAGGGAUAUGUGGGGAAUAAGUCAGCUGUAUUUCCCUUGCAACUAUUAGGCUAUGAUGUGGAUCCAAUUAAUUCAGUCCAGUUCUCAAACCACACAGGAUACCCAACUUUUAAGGGUCAAGUUUUGAAUGGACAACAGCUAUGGGAAUUGAUAGAAGGCCUUGAAGAAAAUGAUUUAUUAUACUACACUCAUUUAUUAACAGGUUAUAUUGGUUCAGUUUCGUUUUUGAGCACUAUAUUGGAGGUUGUCAAUAAACUUCGCUCUGUAAACCCAAAACUUAAAUAUGUCUGUGAUCCAGUGAUGGGUGAUGAAGGAAAGCUCUAUGUCCCUCCAGAAUUGGUAUCAGUAUAUCGAGAGAAGGUUGUCCCAGUAGCUUCAAUGUUGACUCCCAACCAGUUUGAAGCAGAACUCUUGACUAACUUGAGGAUUGAGUCUGAAAAGGAUGGUCGUGAAGCUUGUAACAUUCUUCAUGCUGCCGGACCGCCAAUGGUUGUGCUUACAAGCAUAAAUAUCAAUGGUAAUCUUUUUCUAAUUGGUAGCCAUCAAAAGGAAAAGGGUCUGUCUCCUGAGCAAUUCAAGAUUGUGAUUCCUAAAAUUCCUGCAUAUUUCACGGGAACAGGAGAUCUUACAACUGCACUUCUACUUGGGUGGAGCAAUAAAUAUCCUGACAACCUGGACAAGGCAGCCGAGCUUGCUGUAUCAUCCUUGCAGGCCCUUCUACAGAGGACAAUUAACGACUACAAAAGUGCCGGCCAUGAUCCCAAGUCAAGCAGUUUAGAGAUUCGAUUAAUCCAAAGUCAGAACGACAUUCGUAACCCCGAAAUUAAAUUCAGAGCCGAAAGAUACACUUAAAAUGGUUGAUAUGUACGGGACAUGGUAUAUGUAAUUUACCAUGAUCGUUUGAAAACUGUUACCCAAUGCUAUCACCAUGAAAGUUGGAUACAUUUUCUUUUCUUUCGAAAUAUGCACAUGGAUAUAGGCAGAGAUGUAGCCAACUGACAGAUGCUCAUCUUUUUUGUUCCAUAGUUGUUAGGGCUUCUGGUUUUGAUACUUUUGGUGGGGCAACAAUUUGGACAAAUUUACUGCUCUUGGGGUAUCCGUAUUAAGGAUUGUUAAUUUUUUUUUUUGGGCGGGAAAAAAAAAAUUGCCAGUCAGUUGAAGUGAAAAGUAAACUCCACGUUUAAGUGACUUUUGACGCACAAACAUGUGGAUUUUAUUAACAUGAAAAAUUAUAUUUACAUAUUUAAGUCGAUUUUU